AUGUCCAUCAAUGGUGGAGAAGGCACAAAACUCAUUGUUGCGUCCGUCAUACUUUGGACCUUAAGUACCAUCGCUGUACUACUACGAGCAAUUGCAAUUCGGAUCCGCAAAGCCGGCUGGAAGAGCCAUGACUAUCUAACCGCCCUGGCGCUGUUUGGCCUCACCGGCUUUGUGAUAGACGAUAUUGUGGGUGUUCUGGCGGGGGCAUAUGGCUGGAACAUAACCAGCGUCCCCACGGACAAAUUGACGAUUUCUUUGAAAGUAUUGUUCUCAUCGCAAUGGUUUUUCUGUCUAGCGGUAGCAGCCUUUCGUCUGGCCAUCCUAUGUCUGUACCUGGAUCUAUUCAGGGGCAACUGGUUUCGCUGGUGUACAAUCACCACGAUGGCGCUCGUUACGCUAUACUGGAUGGCAUCGGUGUUGACAAUUGCUCUCCUUUGUCGACCUAUUAACGCCAACUGGGAUAUCUCUAUCAAUCGGACAUGCGGGGAUAUAACGAAGGUGGAAUUCGCCUCAGGGAGCUUCAAUCUCGCGGUUGACCUGCUGAUUGUAUCUCUACCCAUGCCCAUAGUGUGGGGUUUGAAUAUGCCCAAGGAGAAGAAGAUCAGUGUUACUGCGGCCUUUCUACUGGGUUUGAUAACGGCGGGUGUGAAUAUUGAACGCAUCAUCCAAACCAGGACAUGCGACGGGACCAAUAUCACCUAUUGCGCACUGGAUGCGUCUAUCCUGUGCAUGGCCGAGAUAGCCUGUGGCAUUUUGGUGUCCUGUGCACCGACACUGGGGCCGAUCUUCUUCCGGUCCCGCGUCGAGGUUGUCAAGCCUCCCGAGAAGCCUCGGCGAGGGCUCCGAACCUUCGGGUCCAUUGGGCGAUCUUUGUCACGCCGGAAGCAACGCGUUGAUACUGUCGCACUGCUCGGUUCACUAGACGAUGAGUUUGAACGGGUUGGCGAGGGCAUCCACCCCCAACAGAUGGCACACCUUCCUUCUCCAGGUGCUUUUUACCAGACAAAUCCAAGUCAGAUUACGGUGCAAAAUAGCUUGUCGGGUGUGCCAGGCGUCUCUACAGAAAUGUUGGUAUAG